AUGUUGCAGUCCAGAAAUGAGAGAUUUACCAUCUACGCCAAAAGGCCUCUGAUGGAGGCUAUUUCUUCCAGUGAGGAGCAGCUGUUUCUGAUCCUGGAGUUUGGGUUUGGAGGCGGUGACCUGGAGAACAGUAACGGACAGCUGGCGUCGUUGAUGGUAGCUAAGAGUGUCCUCCACCAGGUGACGGCUGCUCUGGCUGUGGCUGAACAGGAGCUCUGCUUCGAACACAGGGACCUCCACUGGGGCAACGUAUUGGUCCGGUCCACUAAGGAGAAGGAGGGGAGUUUCCUCCUCAAUGGAACAAACCAUUCCUUAGAGACCAGGGGGGUGACCGUACGCAUCAUCGACUACUCCCUCUCCAGGCUCGAGAUCGAUGGUCUUACAGUGUCCUGUGAUAUCUCAGAGGAUGAGGAGUUGUUCCAGGGACAGGGAGACUACCAGUUUGACAUCUACAGACUCAUGAGACAGGAAAACAGUAACAUGUGGGGUGGCUACCAGCCUCACUCCAAUGUGUUGUGGCUCCACUACCUGUGUUCAAAGCUGCUGACGAUGACCUAUAAGGGCCGAGGGGGGCGGGGCCUCAAGCAGGCCAGGGUGGACCUGCAGCGUUUCCACGACAACGUCCUCACCUUCCGAUCUGCCUCCGACGUACUGCACAACUGUGGCCUGUUCCAAUGAGAGAGAAAGGGUGUGUGUGUGUGUGUAGGGGCGUGUGAGAGUGUGUGAGUGAGAGUGUGUGUGUGAGAGUGUGUGUGUGCGAGUACUGCCAUAUUGUUGUUAUUAGUUUUAGCUUGGUUAGCAGGAUGCUAGUGGUCAGCCCCAUCUGUAGACAAUAACACGAUGUAGGAUACGGUUGUAUUGAUCCAACCUUUUGGAGGUGAAAUCUUCUUGUGUCUAUAAACC